AAAGGAAGAGAUUAUAUAGUUCUAAACAUCUCAUAAUAUAUUCGUAAUAUUUUUUCACAUUUUUUAUGGUAAUAUUAUUUAUAGAUUGUUCUAGUUUAUAGAUCCUUCUCUAUAAUUCUCUUGAAGUCAUUAUCAAUUAAGACUUGCCUAAAUAAAAUUUGAAAUAAAAUUUAUAAGCCACCACUGGCAAAAUCGGAGUAGUGCUGGAGAACACUUCCGGCACUUUAUAACGGUAUCCUGUCUAGAGAAUGGACCAGACUGAUGCCACACACGCGAAAGAAUCUUGCCGGUUGGAUAAGUCACUUUCAAAAGAAGAUUAAACCAACACACAAAUUGGUCCGGCGCGAACAAACUCUAGUUGUGCACGUCCCGGAAACUUAUUUGGUAGCUCUGAUGCAAAUGACUUACCGCAAGAAUAAUUGGCCCGGGCAAAAAUGCCACUACGGAUUUGGCAAACCGUUGGUGACUUGACUGUCUCUCGUUUUUGCUAACUGGUGACGGCUUAUUGUUUAUUCUAUACAUUGAUACGCCGAAGAUGACUCCAAAGCGAGUCGAAACGUUCGUUUGAUUGAUUUUGUUAUUUCAAGAUGAAUAAAUAAUUAUAUGAACAUUAAUAAUUUUGAUUGCGCACCUAUAUCCGCACUGACUUUCAUUAGCUCUAUUUUCAAUUGUGUGUUGUUUUAA